AUGGACAUCGAGCAGAAACAAGCAGAAAUGAUCGAUCACUUCAUGAAGCAAGCUUCUUCACUUAAGGGUUCAGCAAUUACUCCCCUUGUUCUGGAGGCUACUUCCAACCCUUCCCUCUUUGCCUUCUCAGAGAUUCUCGCCGUGCCCAGUGUCACCGAGCUUGAAGGGACUGAGAAUGCCACGCUGCUUGAUACGCUUCGGUUGUUUGCACAUGGCACAUGGAGUGAUUACAAGGGUAAUAUGGCUAGUCUUCCUCAGUUGGUUCCUGACCAAAUACUUAAGCUGAAGCAACUUACUGUCCUUACGCUGGCUGAAUCAAACAAGGUGCUUCCAUAUGACCAGCUAAUGCAGGAGUUGGAUGUUACUAAUGUCCGUGAACUUGAAGAUUUCCUCAUUAACGAGUGUAUGUAUUCGGGAAUUGUCAGAGGAAAGCUUGACCAGUUACGAAGGUGCUUGGAGGUACAAUUCGCAGCUGGGAGAGAUCUAAGGCCUGGACAGCUUGGGAAUAUGUUGCAUACUCUGUCGGACUGGUUGACUACAUCUGAUAACCUCUUAGUGUCUAUCCAAGACAAGAUCAAGUGGGCUGAUACAAUGAGUGAAGCGGACAAGAAGCACCAGAAGGAUGUAGAAGAUAGGGUAGAAGAAGUGAAGAAGACUAUUUCCCUCAAGGCAGAUGCUGACUUCCGAGGGCAUGAGGAGUUCUACUCUGAACCCGGUGGAGUGAUGGACUAUGAGGAAGACCGAAGCCGGACCAAGAGGAGGCGGCAUCCCAUAUCUUAA